CAGUCUGGGGGGGUGGAGAGAGAGAGAGAGACGCGCCCUCCUCCCUCGCUCAUUCACUGGCGCCCUCCACACAAAGCGAGCGCCCUGGUUCCGCGCUCAGCCCACCCACCCCCUCCGCCCCUUCGGUUAUUUCCAAGCAGCGGGCAAGAAAAGCUCCCAAUGAACCAGCUGGCGGGCUGCUCCGUCCUGGACGCUUCGUCUUUCGCGUUUGCAAUUGUUUCCUCACACCAGAGCCGCUGAUUCAUUUUAUUAUCCUGACUGCGAGUCGCGCUGAAGAUCUGCUCUGUUUCCGCGCUUGGGAGAAGGCAGGCAGACGGAGGGCGAAGGGAAGCAGGCAGCGGCGUCUCCAUCUGGCUGUGCGUUCCCUGCCUCUCGGAGACUUGAAGGGGGGCAAAUACAAGAUUCCAGAAAAGUUACCCUGGAUUGAUUUUCUGCCACCCUGUCCUCCAUAGAAAGGCUCUUGCCUGACAGAGCUAUCUUGGAUCAUGGGGAGCAGUAAGAGCAAACCCAAAGAUCCCAGUCAACGGAGGCGCAGCCUGGAAUCCACAGAAAAUAUUCAUGGUGUCUGCUCUGCUUCUCAAACUCCCAGCAAGACCACAGCCCCAGAUGCCCAUCGGACCCCCAGUCGUUUAUUUGGAAGUACAACUCCAGAAACAAAGCUCUUUGGAGGUUCAAAUACAUCUGAUAUGGUCACUUCUCCUCAGCGCUGUGGGGCUUUAGCUGGUGGAGUCACCACAUUUGUGGCACUUUAUGAUUAUGAGUCACGGACAGAAUCUGACCUCUCUUUCAAGAAAGGGGAACGCCUCCAAAUCCUCAACAACACGAGAAAGGUGGAUGUCAGGGAAGGAGAUUGGUGGCUGGCUCACUCUCUCACAACUGGUCAGAAAGGCUACAUCCCCAGUAACUAUGUCGCACCCUCAGACUCCAUCCAGGCUGAAGAGUGGUAUUUUGGCAAGAUAACUCGUCGAGAGUCUGAACGACUACUACUCAAUCCUGAGAAUCCCCGGGGAACUUUCCUGGCAAGAGAGAGCGAGACAACAAAAGGUGCCUAUUGCCUCUCUGUCUCUGAUUUUGACAAUGCCAAGGGCCUUAAUGUGAAGCACUACAAGAUCCGCAAGCUGGACAAUGGUGGCUUCUACAUCACAUCCCGCACACAGUUCAGCAGUCUGCAGCAGCUAGUGGCUUAUUACUCGAAACAUGCAGAUGGCUUGUGCCACCGGCUCACCAAUGUCUGCCCAACCAGCAAACCUCAGACACAAGGCCUGGCAAAGGAUGCUUGGGAAAUCCCUCGGGAGUCACUAAGAUUAGAGGUGAAGCUGGGGCAAGGCUGUUUUGGAGAAGUCUGGAUGGGGACUUGGAACGGCACCACCAGGGUGGCAAUAAAGACACUGAAACCUGGGACAAUGUCCCCAGAAGCAUUUCUACAGGAAGCCCAGGUCAUGAAGAAGCUGCGCCAUGAGAAGCUGGUGCAGUUGUAUGCUGUGGUUUCAGAAGAGCCAAUCUACAUCGUCACAGAAUACAUGUGCAAAGGAAGCCUCCUGGAUUUCUUGAAGGGGGAGAUGGGCAAGUAUCUCAGGCUGCCCCAGCUAGUGGACAUGGCAGCUCAGAUUGCGUCUGGCAUGGCAUAUGUGGAGAGGAUGAACUAUGUUCACAGAGAUCUCCGAGCUGCCAACAUCCUUGUAGGGGAGAACCUGGUGUGCAAGGUAGCUGACUUUGGGCUGGCACGGCUAAUUGAAGACAAUGAAUACACAGCAAGACAAGGUGCUAAAUUUCCCAUUAAGUGGACUGCUCCAGAAGCUGCUCUCUAUGGCCGGUUCACCAUCAAAUCAGAUGUAUGGUCCUUCGGAAUAUUGCUGACUGAACUGGCCACAAAGGGCCGAGUGCCCUAUCCAGGUAUGGUGAACCGGGAAGUGCUGGAUCAAGUGGAACGAGGCUAUCGGAUGCCUUGUCCUCCAGAAUGCCCAGAAUCUCUGCAUGAUCUGAUGUGCCAGUGUUGGAGGAAGGAUCCCGAGGAAAGGCCUACUUUUGAGUACCUUCAGGCUUUCUUGGAGGACUACUUCACAUCCACAGAGCCUCAGUAUCAGCCAGGAGAGAACCUAUAGAUCUGGAGACAGAGUCCUUUGCCAAAGCCUCCAUGCUGCUCCUACUGAUUAUGUGCUCAAGAGAGACUCUGGGACCUUUCUGGAACACUUCCGGAACACCUGGCAGGUGCUCCUCAUAUUGCUGAUGAUUCAACCUGCUCUCCCUUUCAAGGAGUGUAAUGGGCUCCUUGUUAACCAAUGUAGUGCCCUGGACGGACUGUUCUGGGUUAACAAAGGUGUCGUAGCCCUACUUUUGAAAUGAAGUUGGCUAUGAUGCAGCAGAUGGGGCUUUAGAAAAGCCAAGUCCUUCCAGAAGAGAAGAAGGCAAGUGAAAACCAGGGAUCCAGUUCAUGAGGGCUGUGUGCCUACUGGAGUUUGUCCUCCCUCCAAGCCACCUUUGACUACAAUCAAAAAAGAAUAUGACAGCUCUUUCCUCUGAUGAUAAUGUCACGGGCUGUUUUACAGCCUGCAAGACUUCGAAGCACUUGGGUCAUCCCUGACUAAGUGGUGACACUAUAUAAUAUUGCCUUUUGGAUUCAUAUGGCUUGCGUUCUCCAUUACAUAUAAAACCAGCACAAUUCCCCCUUUCCUUCCCAUAUCCAUAUCCUGGAACUGGACUGGCUGCUUCACUCCAGGAAAAAACAAUUGUCGUUCACAUAUAUUAUGGAUACUUCACAAUCGUAUGUGCUUAUCAUCCUCCCCUGUGCGAGUGUGUGUGCGUGCAUUUUUUUUUAAAUUGCCACUGUUUUCUUGUAGACCACUGAGAGUUGGCUGUGUCACUGUCCACCCCGUUUGUCCCAUUUGUUUGGGGUGCACUUGCAGAUCUUUGCCGUAGAAGAAGACAGAGUGCAGAUGCUGGGCUUGCCUGCAUGUGGUUUGGUUGUUCACUACCCUCUUCUUGGCAGGGCUGCAGCCAGCAGUUGUACUUGUGUUGCCAGUGGUGCCAGUGAUAACUUGUUAUUUUUUUCAGCUAUUAGAUCUUGGACUGCAGGCUUGCCUUCCUGUCUAGACUUCAAUCCUAAUUAUGAACACAAAUUUCUUAGAUCUGCAAAAAGGGAUAUCCUCAGGGUCAUAUUUGUUUUCUUUCCUUGCACAUAGCAUACCACCAACCCCUAAGUGCCAACCUUGCAUCCUGUACAGGUAAUAUUAGUCUUCCACAGGGCACUCUAAUAAUUAUGUACAAAGUUUCUUUUUCUUUUCAUAUGGAUGCUUUCUGGGGCUCCUUAACACCUCAGAAGCCAAAUGCAACUGUUGGGUCAACAGUUCUGCUAUUUUGCACAGGGGGUACUGUUCUGCUUCUUGCAGGACAAAGGGACCUUGCAGAGUGCCAUUCUCUGAGUCACAUAAUGUGCACACUUGGUUUAAUCUCUGCUCAAAAUCUGCAAAGAAGCCCCAUCUCUGCUACAAUUUAUGACACAUUUGGUGGGUGGGUUCAUCAGAGAGAAGUCAGUGAAGCCCAUAAAGCUCUGCAAAACCUGAUUUUUCUGCUAGAAUACUUUAACCUGCCUUCCUGUCUAAAUAUGAUAUGGGCUGCUAGGCUUGCUAGACAGAAUUUUAGGUCAAUGAUUUAAUUCACACUUCUGCUUUAGAAAGCACGUACAAAACCUCAUGCAUGUUCCUUGCACAUAAACGAUCUUUUCAAGAAUCAGGCACAGUGCUUGCUGAAUGGUCAUGUCCUGAAAUUUUCCCAGUUAUGCCUUGGAUGCAAAUCAUGCCAAAUGCCCUUAUUUUGCAGGAGGCACUUGACACAUGCAAAUGGUUUUUCUCUUGGCUUUAAAAAUUGUUAUUUUUUUGCUGAGGAGCUGGGGAGGUGAGUUUCAGCAGAGGAAGUUUUGAAGGGUUGCUUAAACUUUUGCUUCCUAGACAGAUUAUAUUCUACUUACCCCUCCCAAGCUGCUUUGCACUCAUGGAGGGGAGGGAGAUAAUUAUGUGUGGGGGUGUGGUUUUGAACUGCAACCAGCUGAGGAAGAGUAAGCAUACAUGGACAUGUAUAUGUGCGCACACACCCUGUGCUAUACCUCUGUUUAAAUUCACCACUUGAAAAAUCUUUCAGUUAAAAAAAAAAAAAAGCAGGAGAAGUGAUCCACGUAACUGCAUGCAAUCUGUAGUUUGGCCUUUAUAGUUCUUACCCAUGGGGCUCAGUCUUCUGAUGAGUCAUACCCAGUGCAAUCUCUUUCUUGAUCAGUUGUUACUUUCCAUGGAUCUUACAAGAGAUUUUCAUGCUUUCCAUGCUCAGUUCCACCCUGCUGCAUACCAGAAGCUGUUUUAACCUCAGCUGGUAUCUGAACAGUGGAUUGCAGCUAAUAUUCUAGCUUAUAGAACCAUCUGCCUGUUUUCAAAUUGAUAUGGCAAUGCUUCUUUGUUAUAUGCCGAAACUGUCCCUUCUCUGGAAAGUACAAGAAAUUGGCAGGAUGGAAGCCUAAACACCAGCUCCUAGCCCCGUCAGCAUGUGAUGCUGUGGUCAACAUGUUCAAUGACCUUCACCCAGCUAAAGCUAUUGUUACCUUGGUGCGAGCAUUCCUGUUACAUUGGAGUCCCAAAGCCAAGGAAUUUGUGCCUUCGGGGAGAAUAGGCAGAUGGAGUGAGUGUGUGCAACAUGCUAGGAGAGACCCGAGAUGCACUCCAGGACUGGUCUGAGGGGUCAGCUUUCGGGUUGAGUCAUUUUUUAACUAGGGCAACUCUCCAAACAGCUAUACAUGCCCAGAUUCAUAGGAUAGAAUGUGCAUCAAAGGGAUUGAAAAGGCAGCUUCUCUGAAGUGCCUGUGAUGCAUUCAUGAGUAGACACGAAGAAGUGUUUUAAAAUCAGCACGGUUGCUGUAGCAUCUUAAGCAGGAAGCUUCUCCCUGGGGAAAUGUGGAACACCCAGUUAAUCAUCCUUUUACUCAUCACCACCACACUCCAUACUCCUGUCACCACAGGCUUCCAGGUUCUUGGGUAUCUAUCCAAAUACUGGUGAAAUAGAGCUGAGUAGUACUGUGACUUCUACCUAAAUAAACACCAUAGCAUUUGAGGUCAGUACCCAAGUAGACACAUCUAAUGCGAGAAGGCAGGCAAACAUUUUGCAUAGCUAACACUUGUACUGAGCCCCCCGCCCCCACAAUCCACGAAAAGCAAUUUCUCUCUCCCCAGUCCUGUUGCAAUCAAUAUUAUAUUAGGCACAAUGAUGUCCCAUUGAGAUCUAAGUGUGACUCUCUCUGAAAUGAGCCUCUGAUUACAUGGAGGGUCCAAGCCUGCAGUCCAAGAAACAGCCUACCUCCCUACAGAGAAAAGAAGAUUGAGAUUAAUUUAGUGCAGUCGUUGGAGAGGAUUCCUGCGAUUCUUGCAAGAAAAGAAUGAGGGAUAUACAGGGAAAGCCAGUUCAACAAUCAUCACUAACAUGGGCUACCACCUCAUUCAAAAAAACCAUGCAAAGCCCCAAGCAGAAACAGCAAUCCAAGCCAUACAUAAACAGAUCUGCCUUUUAUUGCAAAUAACUGUUAUCAGUGUACAGAAAAUGCUUCUGCAGUGUACCAGUUUCUUUUUAUUGGGAGGUUUCUUGCCAGUUGUAAAAUACUACUCUUGUAUAUAGCCCUUAAGUCAUCUGAGUUCUUGCUACUCGGUGGCUUUGGAUGUCAACUUACAUGCAUGUGAUUUUUAAGGUAAUAAGAAUGUUUUGUUGCAAUUAUACUUAG